AUGAGGACUGCGCAGCCCCUGGUCCUUUUCUCCCUGGUUGCCCUUUGCCGGCGCGGGGACUGCCGCGUGGCCAAUGCAGAGGAGAGGCUCAUGGACGACCUUCUGAACAGGACGCGCUACAAUAACCUCAUCCGGCCGGCCGCCAGCUCGGCCCAGCUCGUCUCCAUCCAGCUGCAGCUGUCCCUGGCCCAGCUCAUCAGCGUGAAUGAACGGGAACAGAUCAUGACCACCAACGUCUGGCUGAAACAGGAGUGGACCGACUACCGCCUGGCCUGGAACAGCUCCCGCUACGAGGGUGUGAACAUCCUGAGGAUCCCGGCCAAGCGCAUCUGGCUCCCAGACAUCGUGCUUUACAACAACGCCGACGGGACCUACGAGGUGUCCCUCUACACCAAUGUGGUGGUGCGCGCCAACGGCAGCAUCUUCUGGCUGCCGCCCGCCAUCUACAAGAGCGCCUGCAAGAUCGAGGUGAAGCACUUCCCGUUCGACCAGCAGAACUGCACCCUCAAGUUCCGCUCCUGGACCUACGACCACACGGAGAUCGACAUGGUGCUCCGGUCGCCCACGGCCAGCAUGGACGACUUCACCCCCAGCGGCGAGUGGGACAUCGUGGCGCUGCCGGGCCGGCGGACCGUGAACCCGCAGGACCCCAGCUACGUGGACGUGACCUACGACUUCGUCAUCCGCCGCAAGCCGCUCUUCUACACCAUCAACCUCAUCAUCCCGUGCGUGCUCAUCACCUCGCUGGCCGUCCUCGUCUUCUACCUGCCGUCCGACUGCGGCGAGAAGAUGACGCUGUGCAUCUCCGUGCUGCUGGCGCUCACCGUCUUCCUGCUGCUCAUCUCCAAGAUCGUGCCGCCCACCUCCCUGGACGUGCCGCUCAUCGGCAAGUACCUCAUGUUCACCAUGGUGCUCGUCACCUUCUCCAUCGUCACCAGCGUGUGCGUGCUCAACGUGCACCACCGCUCGCCCGGCACGCACACCAUGGCGCCCUGGGUCCGCCGCUGCUUCCUGCACCGGCUGCCCGCCUUCCUCUUCAUGAAGCGCCCGGACGGCGGCCCCUCGAGGGCGCCCCCGCCCGGCCGGCCUCGCCGGACCCAGCCCGACGCCGCCGGCGCCCCCCACCUCUACGGGGCCUCCAUGUACUUCGUGAACCCCGCCUCUGCGGACCCCAAGUCCCCGGCGGGCUCGGGCUCGGCCUCUGGCUCCAGCUCGGAUGCAGCGGGCCCGGCCCGGGGUUCCCGGCUGAGGUCCUUGGGGAGGGGCCGGCAGGACGUGCAGGAGGCUCUGGAGGGCGUCAGCUUCAUUGCCCAGCACAUGCGGAGUGACGACCAAGACCAGAGCGUCAUCGAGGACUGGAAGUACGUGGCCAUGGUGGUGGACAGGCUGUUCCUAUGGGUGUUCGUGGUCGUGUGUGUGCUCGGGACCGUGGGGCUCUUCCUGCCUCCCCUCUUCCAGACCCACACGCCUUCUGAGGGGCCCUAGGCUGCUCUGUGUGCCCCAGGGCCACGGGGUCGUGCAGUGAGAGGACCUGAGUCCCUCGGCCGUCCACCUGUCAA